ACCUGCUGCUGCUGCUCCUGCUGUGUGUGGAUCAGCUGGUGCAUCAUGAAGUACUUCAUUCUUUUGGCCUUGUUGGCUGCAGCCUAUGCUGCUCCCAUUGAGGAUGACAAGAUUGUUGGAGGCUACGAGUGCAGAAAGCACUCUGCGCCCUACCAGGUCUCUCUGAACUCUGGCUACCACUUCUGUGGAGGCUCCCUGAUCUCCAGCACCUGGGUGGUGUCUGCUGCUCACUGCUACAAGUCCCGCGUCCAGGUGCGUCUCGGUGAGCACAACAUCGCCGUCAACGAGGGCACAGAGCAGUUCAUCAACUCUGCCAAGGUCAUCCGUCACCCCAGGUACAGCAGCCGCAACCUGGACAACGACAUCAUGCUGAUCAAGCUGAGCAAGCCCGCCACCCUGAACAGCUACGUCCGCACCGUGUCCCUGCCCUCCAGCUGUGCCAGCUCUGGAACCCGCUGCCUGAUCUCUGGAUGGGGCAACACCAGCAGCUCUGGAAACUACUACCCUGAUCGUCUGAGGUGCCUGGAUGCCCCCAUCCUGAGCGACAGCAGCUGCAGGUCCUCCUACCCUGGACAGAUCACCUCCAACAUGUUCUGCGCUGGAUUCCUCGAGGGAGGCAAGGACUCCUGCCAGGGUGACUCUGGUGGCCCCGUGGUGUGCAACGGUCAGCUGCAGGGUGUGGUGUCCUGGGGUUACGGCUGCGCCCAGAGGAACAAGCCUGGAGUCUACGCCAAGGUCUGCAACUACAACUCCUGGAUUCGUAACACCAUGGCCUCCAACUAAAGUCUCUUUACAGUCAUUUGUUAUGAAGCAGAAAACUGUGUAAACAUUUAAUAAAUAAAAGAAUCAAAGAUA